CUGACCGAUCCACGGAGGGUUAUCCCGUGUGUGAACGGUGGGGUCGAAGCAGGUACACUCCGCCGCGAUGAGGCUCCGUGUGGCCGGAGCCGUGCUGCUGUCGGCGGCUGCGUACUACGUUUACCUGCCGUUACCGAGCGGCGUGAGCGAACCGUGGAAGCUGAUGCUGUUGGACGCGCUGUUCCGGAGCUUCAUGCAGGCGAGCGACAUGGCUCAUGCGUUGGGUGUGUGCCACCGUGUCCACCUGCUGAACCAGCUGGUGUCCUGGGUGGAGGUGAUCGACGCUCACUCCUGUUCGGUCGUAGAAGUGUCCGACUCCCCACUGGGUGGUGUGCCCACCCGAGUCUUUCAGCCAAAGGGCGGAGAGAAGCCGAAAAGGGGGGUCAUAUAUUUCCACGGUGGCGGAUGGGCCCUCGGCAGCGGAAGGAUGCGAUCUUAUGACCUCCUUUGUCGUACAAUGGCAGAGAAACUGGACGCUGUCAUCAUGUCUGUGGAUUACCGUCUCGCUCCGGAGGCGGUGUUCCCUGAGCAGUACCACGAUGCUUUAGCGGCGUCGCGGGCCUUCCUGUCCGUCGAGGUGUUGGAGCGGUACAACAUGGAUCCGCAGAGACUGUGUGUGUCUGGAGACAGCGCCGGGGGAAACCUGGCUGCAGCCGUGGCACAGGAGCUCGCCUUAGAUGACAGUCUGAAGGUGAAGUUCAAAGCCCAGGCGUUGAUCUACCCCGUGCUGCAGGCCCUUGACUUCUACACCCCGUCCUACCAGCAGAACCAGGCUGUGCCCAUCCUCUACAGGCCUGUCAUGGCUCGUUUCUGGCUGCAGUACCUGGGUGCUGAUUCUGCUCUGGAGCCCCUCCUUCUGGCCAAUAACCACAGCUCCCUGGACCAGCCGGGCAUCAGCAGCAGCACCCGCUCCAAGCUGAACUGGACAGCUCUGCUCCCACCUGAAAGGAAGAAGCAUUUUCAGCCGGUGGUCAAAGAAACAGGAUCGGCGGGGGUGGUGGGGGAGGUGCCAGGGCUGAUGGAUGUACGGGCGGCGCCGCUGCUGGCAGAGCAGGUGGUUCUGAGUAGGACACCUAAAGCAUAUGUGAUGACCUGUGAGUUUGACGUGCUGAGGGACGACGGGCUGAUGUACGCCAGGCGGCUGCAGGAUGCCGGUGUCACAGUCACCAGCGAUCACUAUGAGGACGGCUUCCAUGGCUGCAUGGUGUUCGCUUUCCUGCCCAUGAUGUCGAGUGUUGGGCAGAGGAGCAUGCACAACUACAUCCACUGGCUGGACCAGAACCUCUAGACGAACAAAGUGAAACAGGAUCAGUUUGCUGCACCAAAGACUUACAGGAAACUGGUGAAACUGCAAGGAGGAAAAACAUGUUGAGGUGAUAAAGACAUGAGGUGACACAUUCCCUGCUCACUGAUUCCUCACUGCUUUGAGUGGAAGUAAGCACAAAGAUACUUAAAGUGUAAAAACAAAUGUUAGGAUUAAAUGCAAAAUCAAUCUGUAGACGUAGAAUCAGUUUUAUGUCCUAAAACCAAAACUUUUAGGACCAGAUGUGACCAAAGAAACAUGUUUUAAUCAAUGCUUUUAGACUUACAGAGAGUGAUGUGUACUUAAGGCCCAUUAUUUUAAGAAGACACUUAACAUUGUGGUUAUGCAUACAUGUCUGUAGUGCAACACUGUCUAAACACACUGAACAAUAUACCACACAUGUAAGCAGUGCUGGAAUGCAGCUAAGUACUAGUUACAGUAUCUAUACUUUAUGUUUCCAUUUUACUGCGGCUUUGUACUAAUACUCCACUAUCUCCAUUCUGUGUGAAAUCACAUGUUUGCAAAGGAUAAAGUGUUCCUUUUAUAGAGUUCAGCAACACAAAGUCUUAAAAUACCCUCUGGAUUAGCUGGAAAAUUCAUCAUAACGUUGUAAAUAGGACUGUUUUUCUGAGCGCAUGGCUGAUGUGGUUCUCACAGGACAGAGACACUGUAAAACAUGAUGAUCUUAGAUAAUAUGAUGUAUGGCUGUAGAUUAAACUACCACUCACAUAUAAAGGAGUUCAACCUUUAGCAUCUACAGCAGUAAAACAGCAUACACAUUAGAGCGGCAAUAAAACUUAACGCUGACAGGAAGCAUUUAACUGCACAAUGACCACUUUUACUCUUCAUUGCACAGAUUUUGUUAAUGCUUACAGACUUUUGUUUGAGAAGCUAGUAUGGUUUUGUACUUUUACUUAAAACACCUACUUUUUUUUUCUUUAUCUUAGUCACAAAUACAAAAUACAUACUUUCUGGCCAAAAAAAAAAAAACCCCAAAAAAUGUCCCACUACUUAAUAUUUAACCUUUAUCAUUGUAUUGUAGCCACAAGGCAUGAUGGGUAACCACUUCAUCCACCUCUCUUCUCACCCUGAUGCACUCAUCACUCUGGAACAGGGUCAGUCUGGACUCAUCAGACCACAUGACCUCUUUCCAUUGUUUAAGAAAUGAGAAUCUACUCACUGCAUCAGUUUGACUUAAAGAAAGUGUUGGAGCUGAAACAUAUUAUUCACUGCAGUAAUUAUCCACUAGAGGGCUCUUAACUAUUUGCUCAAUUAAAUCCAAAUGGUAACAGUAUGACGAUCAUAUGCAAUGAUGCUCUACACUAGUAUCAUCGUAUCAACACCCCAAUGAAACUACACCUUACAGUACAGUACGUACAGUACAUUUGUCAUUGCAUAAUCUUGAAUAUAUAUGGCAUGAACAAAAAUGACAAACACAUGUACAACCAUUUGGCAGUUUUAAAAAAUAAAAAGGCAGCAAAAUAGAAAAAAUCAUUUAAAUCAUUAGGUUUUAAAAGAAAAUGGAUAAAAAAAACAACAUGGUGUCAAACAAAAACAAUUAAUCUAAGGGUAAAUCUUAGUUUUUAAUAUCCGGUGCAUAUCCCGGGCUGCUGUUUCAUUCCUGCUGUUUAACCUUUUGUCUAAAAAAACAAAAAAAAAGUAAAGUAAAAAGGUGAAGAAUCCAUUUGCAAAAGAACAUAUGAUGAGCCUUGAGUGCACAUCCUCCUAAUCUGACAGGUUUCGUAGGUCAGAGUCACUCAGAAAUCAUUUGCAGCUUUUUAUUCUUUUAUGAUGCACUGAAUACAGGGCUGUGUGUGUGUGUGUGAGUGUGUGUGUUGUAGAAGUAUGCCAGAGUUCACAGCUGUGUACACUCACUGGAUUGUGCAAUACUGUAUGUCUGAAAGUCAUGCUGUCAUCCUGUCGAACUCCUCUCUGAUGACCACGGUGCUGUGUGGGGGCGCAUGCAAGGACAACGACGACCAUGACGAUAGCUGUGAAAUUUAUGCAUCACCUUGAGAGAACAAAUCCCAAAUGGACUAUCGCGUUUCCCUCCCCCACUCACCGCUGGCCCAAAACUAAUAUAAUGAACCGACGACAGCCAGCGUCAGACGGACUCGGCUUGGCUUUCGGCCCAAAACUCAGCGAGCCAAGAGUGUAGCAGAAACACUGAGUCGAGUGUGGUCAUUACAGGGCUUCACAUUAUUAAAAAAAAAACAAAAAAACACUGAAACUAUAACACUGGCUAUCAGGAGAUUUUUUUUUUCUCUUAAAGGGAAAAGAUUCCAGACAGCUUAUUUCUAACAUGUGGAUUCCUUUGAGCGAUGUGAAUUCCUCACAUUACCCUCCACAUGCACAUGGUUUGUACACUUCCUAGUAAAAAGUGACUGUUUGAUAUGCUUCUAUAUUGGGGAAAGUAAGAAUUAUAGAUUUUAAAUGAGUUUAAGGUAUAUUCACUGUAAA